CCAGAUGAUCCCCAGAAUCCCUCGACUCUGCCUUCUGUCCUUAAAGGCUUGCAGCCUGCCAAGUUGGCGGGCGCUGACUGCUGACUGCUGUAAUGCCUCCCCUUCAAAAUGUCCUCGGGCGUCCAAAACAGCGCCGAUGACUCUCUCGACCUCUAUCUCGAGCUUCAGAGCUCGCUGCAGAAUGCAAAACUGGGCCUAACCUGCGUUCUGGGAGCGGCGUCUCUGGGCUUGGGGAUUGGCGCCUUGGUUGUCCGACGUCGGGGAAGAUUCACCUUUGAUGCGCUGCCUCAGUGGACCCUCAUUGCGUUCCUGUUCGCGAAUUUCCUAUUCGCAGUCAUCGUAUCUGUUGGCUAUGGAGCCACAGUCAGCGGCGUCGUCGACGUGACCACCACGAGAAGCGAGAAUGUCCUUCGCCUGUACUAUUACACCUAUUACGCCGCAGAGACAGCCCCCUUCUUCUUUCUCUAUGCUGGAAACUGCUGUUUGGUCUAUAUCCUGUACAACCUCGUCGACGUCUUCCUCGCCCGCUGCCCGACCGUUCGACCCUCGUCUCCUCGGCUUGAGAAAUUCCACCGGCUCUAUGUCGGGCUCAUUGUGGCCCUGACAAUCGUGGAAUGGGCUCUGUUAACUACGAAGGUAGUCCGUACUGGUCGCGACAAGCUGUCCUACUCGGAGGAUUAUAAAGUGCACGCGGGCUUCAAUACAGCGGCGUGUAUUGUUCGCCUUGCGGCCGCGGUUGAAAUCGCUGCUUGGACGAUAUACUUUGCAUGGAAAACCCUGGGCAAACGAUCACGGUGGAGGGCACUGGCCAUGCUAUUGCUCAUAGGGAGUACAUUUUUCUUCGCGCUCAGUCUGAUGUGGGUUGCGUGGAAUAUCCGCUGGCUAUUAUGGCCCUUGUCCAACGAAACUGGCGAGGGAGCCUACUCGAACGCUGUUGAUUCUGCGCGAAUCUGCGAGGCGUGCUUCUACCUGUGUAUCUAUAUCGGUCUCGCGGCGUUCUACCUGAGAUGGGGCUGGCUUGCAACUAAGGACAACCAGCCAAAGCUCAAUGAAAAUGAAAAGGGAGACGACGACCAUUCAAGCCCAGUAGAGGCAGACUCACGCCCCCGGGCAGAACUGGCUGGAGCAACAGAGACCCCUGGGGAGGCAGACUCGGGCCCGGUAUUCGAAGCUCCAGUGCAGCCGGUAUGCGAGGCCGAUGUGACCGUUAUUGUAGAGGCAGAUUCCAAAGAGGUGGGAAGAAAGCCUACUUAA